AUAAUGGAAUAUAACAAUGUUUACCAAUUUUGUGAAUCUCCCGAAGAUCUGAUAUCCGGUCUUCUUCAUUUCAAUCUUCUACAAGCUAAUGGAUCAAACCAUGACAUUACGAAUACAAAAGAAUUCAUUCAAGUCAACAUAUCACAUUCUCCUCAAGCACUGCCAGCUAGCAAUUUCUCUGAGCGUUACUACGUAGAUCCCCUAAACGGAACUACUAGAUUUCAUAGAAUUAAUUGGACGUCACCAGAAACCGCUGUAAAUAUUGAAUUUCUACCAAAUUCUUCCUAUCUGAUAAAGUGGUAUAUGUAUGUUGUCUAUGGUGAAAAAGUGCUAUCUGGAGAACCGCCUGUUUUAACAGUGUAUUCUUCAAAUGAAACAGACACAAUAUACGUGCUCCAAUUGUCAAGAAACCGUUACAGAGAAACUGGUUUGUAUAAGAUCUACUUAAAAAUGGACCUUUCUGAUGAGRUUGAGGAGCUUUGGAAAGCCGAUCAAGUUAAUAUAUCCUAUAGUCUUGGCAUUUAUCAGUCUGCGUGUUUUUUCUGGAAUAAUAAAAAGAAAGCAUUCAUUUCUGAUGGAUGUAAGGUUGGUCCAAAAACAUCCUUAAAGAAGACUCAUUGUUUGUGUAAACGUUUUGGAGCCUUUGGCUCAUUAGUCAGCAUCAUGAAGAGCGAACUUGGAUUUGAUCCUAUCAUUUUCACAGUACCAAUCAAAAAGCUGAGUCCUAUUGCUAUGAUAAUGGUUAUCCUUGUACUUUGCUUAUAUGCUUUACUGUUUGCUUGGGCUUGGUACAAGGACAUGAAAGACAAAGAAAAAGACGAUGUUGUACACCUCAUGGAUAACCAUCCAAAAUUUAAAUUUAAAUAUGAGAUAAAAGUUUUUACUGGCCUCAGUAAAAAUGCUGGAAGCACUGCAAAUGUGUGUUGCAUCAUAAAAGGAGAAGAUGGUCAAACCUCUGUAAGAGCGUUGCAUGAUAUUGAACGACAAAGAUUUCAAAGAUCGGCUGUAGAUGUUUUUCUUCUCUGUACACCCCUUCAUUUGGGAAGACUUAACUAUCUGGAGAUAUGGCACAAUAAUGACGGGGACGACCCCUCCUGGUAUUUGAUCAAGGUGUCAAUUCGAGACAUUCUAAAAGAUGAAUUAUAUUAUUUCAUGUGCAACCAAUGGUUGGCUGUUGAGCAUCAUGAUGGUCAAGUUAAAAGGAAUUUGCCAGUGGCAAAGAAAGAAGAGGUAGAAUCGUUCAAGCAUUUGUUUACAAGUGUUGCUCGAAAUAGAUUGACAGAAGGACAUCUCUGGUUAUCCGUAUUCACAAGACCCUCUCGUAGUCGAUUUUCUCGAGUUCAAAGACUAUCAUGCUGUUUAAUGUACAUCUAUUGUGCGAUGUUCAUCAAUUCGUUCUUAUACAAAGUUUGGGGACAAGCGGAUCCAUCCAUCACAAUGGCAAUCGGACCACUUCGGAUUUCUCCUCAUCAAAUUUAUGUGACGCUUAUUUGCGGCUUAUUAUUGCUUCCUAUUAAUGAAGUCAUGGUCGGAAUAUUUCGAAGUAUAAAAGCAAAAAGUGAUGACGAUGACGAUGACAACAAAUUGAAGGAUGCGCCACUCCUUUCAAAUGGCAAAGACCUGUUAGAACUUAUUGACUGGUAUAGAAUAGCUGGACAAUCAGAGACAAAGCUGCACGAAGUUGAUUCCAAAGAACAUUUACAAAGCUCUGGUCUAUGUAAGAAAAAAAUGGAUGAAAAAACUUUGGCAGUGCUGAGUGCAUUGCAUGAUGAUGGAAUAGUAAAUUCCCCAAUGGUAACGAUUGGUAUUAAUGAAGAGUCAGGCCAAGCAUUAAAAAGAAAAAAUGCAAGAAAGAGGAUAAAACUUCCAUAUCAUUUUAUAUUUCUGGCAUGGUUUUAUUUCUUAGCUUUAUCAUCGGCCUCAGCAUACUUUGUUGCACACUUUGGGGAGCAAUAUGACGAAGAACUGGCAGCCCAAUGGCUGACAUCUUUUGUUCUAAUUAUAUUUCAAGACAUCGUUAUUAUCAACGUCUUUCGUGUUGCUUUUAUCUCAUUGUAUUAUGCUUUAGUACUUAAAAGGCCAGACGAAAGUGAUUAUGAUAAUGAGAGAAAAGAUGACAAUCCUCAGCAAACCAAUAACUACGAAUACGACAUUACAAAGACGAAGGUGACUUUUCCGCCUAGUAAAGAACAACUUGAUGAGGCAAGAACGAAAAAGCUCCGGGAGAUUCAAAUGGACGCUAUCAUCAAAGAUAUGAUUAUCUAUGUAUUCUUUCUCACGUCGCUUCUUGUUGUAAGCUAUAGCCAUCGUGAUCCACAAGCGUUUGCAGUGGCGCAAAAUCUGAUAGAUUCUUAUAUAGGUGGAAAUUAUGCUGGAAAUGGAUUAAGUCAGAACGAUGGAACCUCAAAUUACUGGACUUGGCUGGAGUCGACUGUACUACCAAGCCUAUCUGCGGCGAAUCGAAGCUGGGUUCCGUUUUGUGAACCGUCGUCGAACUAUUCCAUCGACUGUAACACAAGAAUAAUUGGAACAGCACGCCUGAGGCAGCUUCGUGUUCCACCGGGUAGCUGCGAAAUUCCACCUGGUAUGGAAAUUGUUUCAAGCACAUGCAAUGACUUUUAUUCUAUGUUGAGUGAGGACAAAAGUAAUUAUCUUAAAGGAUGGAUACCUACCAACAAAACAAGAAACGAACCAGAUCCCUGGACAUACCAAUCAAUGUUUGAUAUAGGAGGAUAUCCAUACUUUGGGAUUUUAUCUACUUACAGUGGUGGAGGAUAUAUUACCGAGCUUCACAGUACUGGAGAUGGGAUUAAUGACUUAAAGACAAAUAACUGGAUCGAUCAAAGAACAAGAGCAUUAUUUGUGGAAGUGAGUGUAUACAAUGCACAAGUAGACAUGUUUGGCAUCGCAACGUUUUUAACUGAAUGGAUGCCAACAAAUGGUGUUCUUUAUUUUGAUAAUGUGAAAGCAGCCCGUCUCUUCAUACCAACAGACGCAGCACAGACAGUAACAACUGUUUGUCAGCUAUUCAUGGUUCUAUUUCUCAUGAUAUUUAUUUACGGAGAAUCGAAGAAAGUAUUAAAAGAACGAAAGCAGUAUUUUAAAGAUGUGUGGAAUUGGAUGGAAGUUUUCAUGAUUGUAUUUAUUUUUGGAUGUCUUGGUUCUCUGUAUCAAAGAUCAAAGUCCACAACUAAAGCAAUCAGUGAAAUGCAAAAAAAUCCAGACAAAUUUGUAAGCCUUAUCCAAGCUGCUACUUUUGAUGAGCUUCUGACUUAUUUUCUUGGUCUUGUCGUCUUUGUUGCUAAUUUAAAGCUUUUGAAGCUGUUCAAAUUCAACCAUCGUGUUUUUCUCUUCACUCGGACAUUGUCGACUGCAAGCGACCCACUCCUGUCGUUUAUGUUGGUCUUCUUCAUAUUCUAUAUUGCUUUCUGCAGUAUAUACUACUUGAUUUUUGGGACUAUCAUGGUUGAAUAUAAGUCAAUGACAAGCACAAUCAAAUCUUUGUUUAACAUCUUACUUGGUGGAUUUGAUUUUAACAGCAUGGAAGAAGCUGAUAGGGUUUAUGGUCCCUUACUGUUCUUUUCAUUCAUGAUGAUCAUGGUAAUGAUACUGAUGAAUACAUUUUUGACUAUCCUGAUGGAUGCAUUUGCUGAUGUACAAGGCGAUGAGCACUUAAAAGACGGAGAACUUGAUGUAUUGGAUCACUUUUUGUCUCGAGUAGAAAAAUUUCGAGGUCGAAARGGGAAUAAGAUUGGCCAGCUCCCUAUCGAGAGCGAAAAUGACAUAGAAGACAUUCAAUCUGAAAGCCAAGAUUCAAGUAUUCAAGAAGAAAAGGAGGGGGAAUACGAAGGAGACCAGUGUGAAAAGAAAAAAAAUAUUGAUUUUUAUGACGAUGCUAAAGGCUUUAAUAAUGRCGAUGACGGUAACGAUACUGAUGACGAUGGCGAUGACAGCGAUCCAGAUGACGUGCUAGGGCAGGCAAUUAAAAGAGCAAAGGAUCGGUUGCGUAUUAAACGGAUAGAAAUGUUAAAAUCUGCUUUCAAAUUUACCCAAACUCUAGCAACAUUCAAGCCAAUUGUCAAAGAGAGAAAACUAGAAGAAAAACUGGAUGACAUAACUUCAUUUUUUUGCUGCACUGCCUUGGAUGAACUUGUCCUUGAUCGUGCUUAUGAAGAAAUGGUUAGACAGUAUGUAAAAAAUCUGAAGAGAGACUACUUUAACAGGGAAAUUAAACGCCAAAAUGACUUUGCGACAAGCUGGCAAGCCUCAAAAGUGGAUUUGAAACAGCCAAAAAAUGCAAUUUAUAAGUAUACUAGGCAUGUAGAAGAAAACCAAUCGUAAUCCGUCUACCAUAUUUUUACCGUACCCGGAACUCCUAGCUUGAUUUAAUUGCAAGCCGCGUGUUUUUCCAUCGUUUUUGAAGUGAAAAGAAAAAUAUAAAAAGUAUAAUCUUUUUUAUUAAAGAAUGAGGAUAAUCGUCGUACCUUCUUGAGGUCAAAAUUAAUAUGACUUGGGACCUUCUAGAAUUUAGAACCUUCUUUAUAGAACUACAAUAAUAUCAGUUGCUAUAUUUUUGUUGUUUUUUCUUUUUUACUUCACCAAAAAUUAAUAGAUGGAACUGAAAAAAAUGAGAUGAGAUGAUUAAAAUGAUAGCCAGUAGUUUUAAACACUACAAAUUGGUUAUGUUUUAGUGAGGUGAGAAUCAUUUAUUGUAAUGGUAACCUGCAUAAACCUUUGGAGUCAUUUUUAAAAUUCUCGAAUUCUCGACAAGCAACCCGCCGACCAUUUUUAAAUGGUAUAUUAAAAUUAAUAACUUCAUUUGCUUUAGAAUACUGUAACAAUAAUAUAAUCUUACGAAAUCAGUCUCUAUAGCAAUUGUAAAUAAUUAAUAAUUCCAGUAAGCCAUCGAUUUGUAAUUCCCUUAUCGCCAGCGAAACCAGGAACGCUUUUAAAAAAUUGUAGUACAGAUUUUCGAAAUACUUCACCCAUCGAGACGUAAUUUGAGUCCAUAGUACUUUCCUUUUUUUUGUUAAGGCUGAUUUACACGGUACGAUUUGUCGCGCG